AUGGGCAACGGAUGGUCGGCGUCAGGCCGGCCGUUCCACCAGGUGAUUCAGGUCCCGGUGCCGCAUAAGCUCGACGAUCUGAUGAGGCUGGAGCUGUACCAGGCCUAUCCCCACGACCCCUUUUCAACGCUCUGCAUGGGCCACUUGCUGCGCCUGGCGAGAUGGUGGCACCGCCGUCGCUCAGGGGCGCCCGAGCUGGAGCACGAGCUGGCCGCCGCCGCCGCCGCCGACGGCAUCAACCCGGCCGACCUCGACGGAGCCGCAGGCGCGGGCGUCGACCCCGACCAGCCAUCGCUCCGCACUGCCAAGCACGCCGAAGAGUGGCGCCGCCGCGACACGGACCAUUUGAUGCGCGUGCUCGAGCGCGCCAUCAACCACGCAGCCCACAGGCUGCGCGAGGCGCGCCGCGCCACCAUCCUGCGCACCGGGCAGCCGCCGCGCUGCGGCCUCGGCUACCAGGGGGGCGUCCUGCUGUGCGUGCUGUGCGCCGCGGCCGAGGGCGUGGGCGGCCUGCGCGGCCUGCUGCCGACGAUGCGGGACCGCAUCUUGGCCGGCGACCACGGCGCGCUCGCGCCUGAUGAGACGGCGCUCUUCGAGGAGGCGCACCGGGCCCGCGGGGACUCGCUGUUUGAGCCGGGGUGUGGACACCGGGCGUCGUCCAUCUCGGGCGAGGGCCGCCAUGGGGACGACGGGCUGGUUAUUCUGUGCCAUGUCUGUGGGCACCGGCGGCCUAUUGAUCUCUGGCGAGGCAGCCGUUCGGAUCCGCUGCCGCAGCACGGCUUGUCGCGAGAUGCUGAUGCCGCGUACGUCAGUGUCGGGGGGCUGCAUCUCGUCGUCGACAUCUGCGAGGGCAUCACGUUGAUCAAGUUUCAAUCCACAAUCUUUUCCACAGUCCACGAACGAGGCAAGAUCGGGCGAGACCGCGCCAACCCAGUGAGCACCUCGCUCGCCGACGAAAUCGGAGCCUUUGAGCCGACGGUGUGCUCAGCCGGGCGACGAAUCUGUGCCUGCCGGCCCUCGGGCUUGCUGUUCUGA